GUCAGCUUACCUCCACUUUCCAAAGAGUAAAAAUCUGGUCUUUCCCCUGUAAUUGCUGCAACAUACGUUGACAUUGACCAGAAUGGCGGCCAACAAAUCAAACAAGCUUGCUUUUUUGUCGAUGCCAGCGCCAGCAUCUUAUGUUGCUGGUUUAGGUCGAGGUGCUUCAGGUUUCACCACACGUUCGGAUAUCGGUCCUGCAAGAGAAGGACCCUCUGCAGAAGUGGUUGCUGAGGCUCAGGCCAAGCGGGGUGAAGAACCCGACAUAGAUCCUGAGCAAUUCCAAGAUCCAGAUAACGAAUACGGCCUUUUUGCUGGGACGACAUACGAGCAAGACGAUGAGGAAGCUGACCGGAUAUAUGAAUCAGUUGACCAGAAUAUGGAUGGACGCAGGAGAGUUCGUAGGGAGGCACGCGAAGACACUGAGCUAGCGAAACAUCGUGCAGAGCGUCCCAAGAUACAGCAACAGUUUGCGGAUCUUAAGCGUGGCUUGUCGGUUGUAACUGACGAAGAGUGGGAGAGCAUUCCGGAAGUAGGUAAUUUGACUCGGAAGAAGCGAAGAAAAGAUGAAAGAACAUUUGUUGUCCCGGACAGUGUUAUAGUUGGUGACAGAGGUAAAACGGAGUACGAGAACUCGCUGGACACAAGACAGCAGGCAGCAGGGUUCGAAACGCCGGCAGAUUCAGGUACACUCACAAACUUCGUUGAGAUUGGCCAAGCUCGUGACAAGAUACUGUCGCUUAAGCUCGAUCAGAUAUCUGGUACCUCUACUACAUCUGGAUCUGCGACCUCCGUGGAUCCUAAAGGCUACCUUACCUCGCUCAACAGCGUUGUUCUCAAGACUGAAGCUGAAAUCGGGGAUAUAAAACGUGCGCGUAUGCUUUUUGAUUCUCUUGUAAAAUCGAAUCCGAAGCACUCUCCUGGAUGGAUUGCUGCUGCUUGUUUGGAGGAGCAUGCAGGACGCAUGGUUGCCGCGAGGAAGCUCAUCAAGGCUGGGUGUGAACAGUGCCCUAAAAGCGAAGAUGUAUGGUUAGAAGCGGCGAGGCUACACAACAACGAUGAUGCAAAGGUUAUCUUGGCAAAUGCUGUACAGCAUGUAGGUCAAAGCGUUAAGAUAUGGUUAGCUGCAGCCGAUUUAGAGCAAGACGUAAAGUCCAAGAAACGUGUGCUGAGAAAAGCCCUGGAACACAUUCCUAAUUCCGUCCGACUAUGGAAAGAGACUGUCAACCUCGAAACAUCGGCAACAGAUGCACGGAUAUUACUGUCUCGUGCUGUCGAAGUCAUCCCUCUUUCUGUUGAACUAUGGCUUGCCCUCGCGAGACUCGAGACCCCGGAUCGCGCUAAAGCUGUGCUCAACAAAGCACGCAAAUCAGUACCAACUUCACAUGAGAUUUGGAUUGCUGCCGGACGGCUUCUUGAGCAGGAAGCAACAAACGACUCUGAUAAGUCAACUGAACAACGUAACAAAGAGUUGGAUGUCGUAGAUAAAACGAUCGAGGCUGGUGUAAGGGAACUUCGGCGGCAUCAAGUGCUACUUACGCGCGAGCAAUGGUUGAAGGAGGCAGAGAAGUGUGAAGGCGAAGGGUCACCGCGCACCUGUGAGGCGAUUGUGAAGGCUACGAUUGGGAUGGAGAUCGAGGAGGAGGAUAGACUGGACACAUGGAUUACUGACGCUGAGAGUGCCGAGGCCCGGGGUGUGAUUGGGACUGCCAGGGCAAUACUGGCAUAUGCUCUGAAAGUAUUUCCUGACAAAAGAAAUCUCUGGCGGAAGGCUGCGGACUUGGAAAAGGCACAUGGUUCAAGGGAGUCUCUCGAUGCUAUUCUCAGUCAGGCUGUGCAAUAUUGCCCUCAAGCCGAGGUGCUGUGGUUGAUGUCUGCAAAAGAAAAAUGGUUGGCGGGCGACGUUCCUGCUGCCCGUGAGGUGCUAGAAAGAGCAUUCGUUGCCAAUCCUGAGAGUGAACAAAUCUGGCUUGCAGCCGUCAAAUUGGAAGCAGAGAAUGGCGAAUUGGGCGUCGCCAGAGAACUGUUGGUGCGUGCACGAACGGUAGCCGACACAGAAAGAAUUUGGAUGAAGUCUGCUGUGUUCGAACGGCAACAAGGGCAGUUCUCAACAGCUCUUGAAACAUUGUCAGCGGCACUAUCCAAGUUCCCCAAAUUCUCAAAAUUGUACAUGAUCCAAGGACAGAUACAUCAGUCGCAGAAGAACUAUCCUGCCGCUCGCGCGUCGUUCGCAGCUGGUCUCAAGGCAUGUCCAAAAGAGGUGACGUUAUGGGUACUUGCUAGUCGCCUUGAGGAGGAAGACGGAAAAAGUAUCAAAGCUCGUGCUCUAUUGGAACGGGGCAGACUGGUUAAUCCAUCCAAUGAGACACUGUGGGCAGAAGCUGUAGGCGUCGAAGAGCGUUCAGGUGGUGCAGCCCAAGCCAAAGCUAUGCUGGCUCGUGGUCUGCAGGAAUGUCCGUCUUCUGGUAUUCUGUGGUCGAUGUCAAUAUGGUCUGAACCACGACCUACGAGGAAGUCUCGGUCCGUUGACGCACUCAAGAAGUCGAAAGAUAACCCGCUGAUCACAUGUACGGUUGCGAGACUGUUCUGGGCCGAAAGAAAGAUUGAGAAGGCACGGCAAUGGUUCGCUCGUUCAGUUGCUACGGAGCAGGACAAAGAUCUGGGAGAUAACUGGGGAUGGUGGCUGAGGUUUGAACGGCAGCAUGGGACCCCAGAAUACGUGGAAGAAGUCAUCAGGCAAUGCGUUGCCGCUGAACCACAUCACUCACCUGCAUGGCAGUCUAUUGCGAAGGACGAUGGUAAUGUAGGGAAAAGCACGAAGGAGGUCUUGGAACUGGUAGCGGAGAAGCUACAGUGAAGGAUUAGUGUGCUGUACAUAGAUGGUUUGUGUGUAUGACUACGUCGCUUUUUCUUUCUACCUGGACGCGGAGAUGAUCUACCUCGACAGGAAUUAGUCGUGAUAGCUCAGAUAAUUCUGAACUUGCCUG